AUGUCCAAUCAAUCGAAGCUGCCGUCCACUAAGGGGCUGCUGUCAGUGUUCGAAAAUGCCAACGCAAGUCUGAUGGCUACGGCACUCGUGUCCUCCUCUAGUGAAGUUAGAAAGGAAAAUGGUAGCUGCGUAGCCGACGGAUCGUUCGCAACAUUGGGACAGGAAUCGGAUGAAGAUAUGUCGGAUUUUUCAUCCAACGAAAGCGACGGAAUAGAAGAUGAGCUGCCGUAUUCGUCCGUCGAUGAAAAGAAUGAUGUAUUGGGUCUUAAAAAAGUGGAUAGGCCAACCUCCUGCAGCAAAUCAAGUUCGCAACUCCCGCCAGCUUCACCGGGGUUACCAGUUUUAAACCUAGCCGGUACUAAGCUGGGUAUCGGAAGUGGUUCGGUCGUCCGUAAAAUGUUUACUAACACCCGAGAGCGCUGGCGGCAGCAAAACGUAUCCGGAGCUUUCGCCGAACUGCGGAAGCUGGUUCCGACUCAUCCUCCCGACAAGAAGCUUUCCAAGAAUGAAAUCCUCCGAAUGGCUAUCAGAUACAUUCGUUUGCUGACAAACGUGCUUGAAUGGCAAAAGAAGCAGGAAACUAUUGAUAGAUCUUCCGAAGGUCAAGUGGAUCAUUUAAAACCCCAUCAACCAAAUGGAUUGAUCAAAUCAUCUUAUCAAUACCACAGUGGAAAUAAUGAAAAUCAUUUCACCGGGAAUUUUCGCGACAACGGGAACAAUCUACUUAUGAUGGUUCCCAAAUCCUUCAGUAAAAUUCAACUUCAACAGAAAUGUUCCUCGGAAUACGUGAAUGGUUCUGCCGGCUUUCGCACAACCAAGACCGAAUCAUCUGAGUCAUGUUCUCCAUUAAUUGAAAAGAUUAAACUGGUCAACAAACUUUGUCCAUCCGGGAAAAUCGGUAGAAAUGGUUUGAAAAGUCGCCGAAAGACCAUUCCGUUGUGCGCCAUCGGAGAGGGAUUAAAAACGGAUCUAGGCUUGGGAGGCUUUAUCGAUAAAAACAGCGUGGAAAACGAGAUUAAGCGAGAAAUCAACAUGUGUCACGAACAGCGAAAAUCGCAUCCAAUUGCAGAAACUGGGCUCAAAGACGAGGACAGCGAGGAAGAUCAUGCAGCAAAAAAAAAUUAA